CAUUCAUAGUAAAAGUUCCGAAUUAUAUGAUUCAAUUAAUUACUCAAAUGAGCUAAACGCGGCAGUGCAAACAAGCAAAUUCAACUUGUUUGCUUCGAGGCCACGACCGCGCAUUCCCCGAAUUUCUCUCCAAAAGAUUUCCCUUAUCAGCUGUGUAGAAAACUAGUGCGGUCGUUCAGAAACCAUAUUAAAAUGUCAUAAUCAGCUGGUUCUCAACUGGAGGCAUGAGCAAAAAGAGAAACACUUGUAGGCCGAAGUGCGGCUCCGAGCCGAGGGGGGAGACAUCCAGAACUCGGUCUGAAUAAAGUGAACUGUCUGUUUGCGCCUAGCAUUCACUUGAAACACUGCCAGUAAUCGAUUAAAGUGUGAUAUCAAGCAAGGGACGUCAAGCUUUCUCAUUCAACUUGCCCCAGGGGUCAACGGAAAUCAAGACCUUCUGCUCUACAGUGCCGCAAUACAAUUGUAUCUUAAUUGCAGACGAUCUGAAUACAGGUAUGAUUGGAUAUUCUGCCAGGCAUUGAUUUUUGCCCUCGCUUCCCGGGAAAUAAAUCACAAAAUGGCCGAUUUACCAAAAGUUGAUAUCGAUAAACCUAAAUUUGAUCAGAGCACGUAUAUAAGUCGUGCUAAACAUUUCUUCUUAGUAACCAAUCCUUUAAACUUGUUAGCCUCAAAUGAAGACUUGGAGCGAGCUAAGCGGAUAGUCUUGAAUUAUAGAGCUGGAAAACCUGUUCCUGAAUGUAAAUCAAUUGAUGAUGUAUGGCAGGCUAAAUACCUGUACGACUCAGCUUUCCAUCCGGAAACUGGUGAAAAGUCAUUGAUUGUUGGGCGGAUGUCUGCACAAGUCCCGAUGAACACUCUAAUCACAGGAUGCAUGUUAUCAUUCUACAAAACGACACCAGCAGUUGUAUUCUGGCAGUGGAUCAAUCAGACAUUCAAUGCGGUUGUGAAUUAUACAAAUCGAUCGGGAUCUUCGCCCAUAUCUCAAAACCAGUUAAUUACCUCAUAUUGUUUGGCUACUGGUGGUGCUUUAGCUACUGCUUUGUCACUCAAUAGUCUUGUUAAGAAUUUGAAUCCUUUCAUUGGGAGGCUGGUACCUCUGGCAGCUGUUGCCGCUGCGAAUUGCAUAAACAUUCCGAUGAUGAGAAUGCAGGAGUUACAAAAUGGAGUCGUCCUACUAGACGAAAAAAAUAACGUGGUAGGGCAGUCCCGUAAAGCUGCUGCCACUGGAAUCAGUGCCGUCGUAGCCAGUCGAAUUGCAAUGGCAAUGCCUGGAAUGGUACUCACUCCAAUGCUCAUGGAGUAUUUAUCAAAACGAGGAGUUUUAAAACGAUACCCCAUGGCCAAUGCACCAAUCCAAACUCUAUUUUGCGGUUUCGUUUUGAUUUUUGCUACACCAUUGGGUUGUGCAUGCUUUAGUCAACGAGCGUCAAUUAAGGUAUCAAGCCUAGAGAAAUCUGUUCAAGAAGAAAUACACAAAAAGAACCCAGAUUUAGAGGUUGUUUAUUUCAACAAGGGAUUGUAA